UGAAGAAUCUGCUACCAAGUCAAACUUAAGCUGUUGGUGGGCUUGGUGGCCUUGUCUACUAGUUGUGCUUUGUGCUUUCGCAGUCUUCUCGCGACAGAUAGCUUUCCUUCCAGCUAUCCGUGACCGGGCUACUGAUCCAGGAUGUUUCUCUGGAUAUGGACGUCGGUUCUACUCCUUUGCCCUGCACUUGGACAGACUGUCCUUGACUUUGUUAAUCCCCUGAUAGGGACAACAAAUGGAGGACAUGUCUUUCCUGGCGCUACGUUGCCUUUUGGCAUGGCAAAAGCAGUUGCUGAUGUUGACCAAGAGAAUCAGGGAGGGUUCUCUUUUGGCGACAAUAAAAUCACCGGGUUUAGUCAUUUGCACGACUCUGGAACCGGAGGAAGCUCUGGUCUCGGCAACUUUCCACUGUUUGCUCAAACGGGCUGUGCAGGGGAUGACCUCAACCGGUGCCUGUUUCCAAAGGCCCUGCGAGCCACAAAGGGAAUCAGGUCAACUAUACAGGCCAGCCCUGGGUACUUUGCAGUUUCUCUCAACACCUCUGUCCAUGCAGAGAUGACAGUCACCAACCACACGGCGCUCUACCGCUUCUCAUUCCCGACAAAUACUGGACUCCCUUACCACCCUCUGAUCCAUGCAGACCUCACCGAUCUGUCCGACUCCAGGAGCAACGGAACCAUGUCGGUCGACCCAACCACGGGAAGGUUGACCGGUAGCGGGACAUUUCGUCCCUCGUUCGGCAUCGGCUCUUACACUAUGCACUUUUGUGCAGAUUUCAAGGGAGCAAGUAUCCGCAACACCGGCGUUUGGGUCAACAACCGAGCUGGGCCUGAUCCAAAAACUGUGAGGGUGUACGACGACGGCCAGAGCCCACCGAUGCCUGCCGGUGCCUGGGUGCAGUUUGAGGAACCUGCAAACAACCAGAUCUUAGCCCGCGUGGGAGUGUCGGCCAUCAGUGCAGAACAGGCUUGUAAGAGCGCCGAGCGGGAAAUUCCAGGAUUCGACUUUGACGGCACGCAUAACGCCGCAAGGGAGAUUUGGGAUCGGAAACUAGAUGCGAUCAAGGUCGACUCUGCGGGUAUGAACAAGUCUAUCAUGACGACGUUCUGGUCCGGGGCUUAUCGUGGUCUGAUUUCGCCGCAAGAUUAUACUGGAGAAAAUCCUCUUUGGGAUAGCUCGGAGCCUUACUACGAGUCUUUCUACUGUAUCUGGGAUUCGUUCCGUAUCGUUCAUCCAUACAUCACCUUGAUUGAUCCCCACAGCCAAACGCUCAUGGUCAGGACACUCCUCGACAUCUACCGCCAUGAGGGAUACCUCCCGGACUGCCGUAUGAGCUUCUGCAAAGGCCUUACUCAAGGUGGCAGCAAUGCGGAUGUUGUUAUAGCGGACGCGUAUUUGAAGAGGGCGGGCCUCGGAGAAAAGAUUGAUUGGAAUGUAGCAUACGAAGCAGUGGUCAAAGACGCCGAAGUUCAACCACCCAUUUGGACUGUCGAAGGACGUGGUGGUCUCCAGAGCUGGAAGACGCUCGGGUAUAUACCGGCGGACGACUUUGACCCCAGCAGCACCGGCCUUUUCACCCGCUCCAUCUCACGGACUGUCGAGUAUGCUUAUAACGACUUUUGCAUCGGCCUUAUGGGAAAGAAGAUUGGUGGCAAGGAUGCCGAUGCAGAAAAGUAUUUCAAGCGAGCCGAGAAUUGGGUCAACCUAUUUGACGAGAACGCGGUCUCGAUCCUCAACAUGUCGAACGCCCUAAUCGAUACGGGUUUCAAGGGCUGGCUACAGCCCAAAUAUCUCAACGGCACCUUUGGGUGGCAGGACCCUAGCUUCUGCCAGCCCAUCAAUAGUUUCACGAGCUGCUAUCUCAACCCCACCGGUCAUGAGACGUACGAAGGGGGUAGCUGGCUGUAUACCUUUUACGCCCCUCAAGACAUGGCACGCCUCAUUUCGAAGCUGGGAGGUCCGCAGGGGUUCGUGGAUCGACUGACCUAUCUCCACACCACGCCGGGUCUGCUGUACAUGGGUGACGAGCAGGCAUUUCUGCUGAUUUAUCUGUUUCACUACGCGGGGCGGCCGGGUUUGUCGGCCAAAUAUGCGCACCUUUACAUUCCGUCGCAGUUCAACGACGCCAUCGCGGGCAUCCCGGGCAAUGACGACAGUGGCGCCAUGGGGAGCUUUAGCACAAUGGCCAUGAUGGGCUUGUAUCCCGUGGCCGGGCAGGACGUCUACCUGAUUACUCCGCCGUUUUUCCGGGAGGUCAAUGUCACGAAUGCAAUCAGCGGCAAGACUGCGACGGUCAGGAAUAUGAAUUUCGACGCCCAGUACACCAACAUCUACAUUCAGAGCGCUACGCUGGAUGGGAAACAGUACACGAAGAACUGGAUCACGCAUGAUUUUUGGGUCAAGGGGGGGGUUCUGGAAUUGACUCUGGGUCCUCACGAAAGCACUAGCUGGGGAACAGCGGACGUGGAUCUGCCACCAAGUCUUUCGACUGGCGGGUUUGUGUAGAAAUGGAGCAGCAUGGCAAAGCAUAGCUAGGUAGCAAGUGUAGGUAGUAUAGCUUACAUAGUACAGGUAGCUUUGCAUAACCUGCGCACGGUAGCUUGGGUAGGUAUUCUGUACGUAAUGAUGCAAGCUUUAGGCCCUAAUAUCUUAGUCUACCAACUCGGCUCCAUCGCCACUUGGCACACCAAGGGUCGCCGCCUUUGCAGUUAGACAGCUCACCGUCUGCAGGGGACAAAACUCGGCUUAGGCUUAAUACCACUACAACUCUUG